UACGGAUUGCUUGUUCUUGCAGGUCUUCUCGGCAGACUUGCUGCAUACAAACAACACAUGGUAGCCUGGAAUUACACUGCGAUGCCAGACCUCAGCGCGACGGCACUGCCUUCAACUCGCUACGUCUCAUUCGCAAAUGGUGAGGAUCUCUGCUUGUCCAUAUGGAGCUUCGACUGAUGGUCUAUACAUGCUCUAUUUGGCUCGGCAAUAUCAAGUACGACGCGUUUUCAGAGCCAUUCGUCCCCCAAGUCUUUGAAGACGGUGGCAUUCAAUGGACUUCGUGGCAUUCAAGCCCUACAGGGUUUACGCACCCGUGGAUCCUCGAAAGUAAGACGGCUCCUGUAGGCUUCACCAGACCACAUUCGAUGAGUGGAGAUCCAGAAGGUUCAACUGAUCUCCUUGAAUUCAACCCAGACGGCGUAUUGACUUCCAAUGGUGCAAAUAAAUUCGUUGGAUGCCAGACGGAAGAGCAGCUGAAGAAGAACAACCGAACCUAUCAGAUUUGGUGGCAAGGCGCGGGACCUGUACCUGGGGUCGAGUGUACGUCAAUUGUGGUUUUGUACAAGAUGGUCGACUUUGACUGGAUUGGCUGAUGACUGUCUUCCCACUCGGUGUCAAGGAUGACAGUCGUUGUGGGGGGUUGGAGCUCGCUGUUGCGAGACAGAUCACGGUUGAUCGUUGAUUCAAAUUGGUCGAGUGAGCGAUUC